AUGGAAGACAGAGAUACCCUGGCCGGCCUUCGGGGCCUGUACCAGGAUCUUUCUGCUCUUUCAGACUCGUCGUUUGUCAACAUUGAACGACUUCGUGUUGAGUUGGAAGCUCACAUUGAGGAUUUCAGGAAACUCUUGGACAAACCCACAAAGAACAACACAAGUCGGCAGGCUGUCCUCUCAGGGAAGAUUACCCUUGAGGAUGUCGAAUAUUCAAUCAACCAAGAAUUUCAACAAGGCGCACUACAACUCGCGGAUGCUCUGAACCUUGAUGAGCUGGAGGCCGCGGUCCUAUUCUUUGCUGCGCAGGAAGAAGCUCAAAUGCUGGAUAGGCCUCCGCUGAUCGCGGCGAUUAUGCGCUUCCAUGAGCGGCGGCACUUCCUUCUUGAAUGCUUACGUCUAAUUCUCCAGGAAUCGUUUGAGGUUGAGCGGGAAAUUACGCAAGCUCUCAUGCAAGACAUGGUGGCAUUCGUUGUCGAGAUUAAAACUGGACCUCUACGGAACGCGUCGCUUUUUGCGCGGAAGUGCAUGAAGUCUAUGGAGGAUAUUGAGGGAUGGCUGUUGCUCCUCGGGGAGCAGAUUCAAAAGGCAUCGAUCGUCGGCCAAGUGGAGGAUCGCGAUAUCAUGGAAGCCAUUGAAUACCAACGCAGCAGCCUACAGCAACAACACGAGUCAUUAGGCGCAAUUCUAUGCUAUUUCUUCAAAGGACCUUAUACUAGCCCCGAGGACCUUCGAGUGCUCCUGAAUCGCUUAAGGAAGCUUGAAAGAUUUGAUGGACUGCUGCUCCACUACAUCCCUGCUAUGAUAUCGUCAUUUGUUCAACACGGGUCACCAGAACGGUCAAAUUCAUACAAAGAAGCUAGGAGCCUGCACACGGCGAUCACUUCUACCAAAGAUGGCCAAACUUGGACGAUGCCGACAUUCCACGCAGCUGUCAUCGCGCUUUGGCUUGCGGUGUACAGUGGCUGGGAUAUCGAUGGGCCAUCCUCUCCUGUCCAAGGAGUUGACCUCGAGAAAGAAGCAGAGGAGCGCACUCAAAUGUUUAUGACGGCACUGGACGAUGGAGGGCUCGAUUUCUUACUUGCUAUUUGCUCAGGAGUGAACAACGAAGAAUGGGGUGACCCAGCUCGCCGCGAAUUAGUGGCGCUGUUAUUGAAAGAGAGCGCAUUGGCAAAAUUGGAAUCCGAACCCUGUGCUGGAUUUCUAAAGACUCUGUUGAUGGAGAAUCUGGAGGUCUUCGUGGAGUCCUGCAUUGCCAACAUGCCAGAUGCAGUUCGAAAGCUGAAAUCCGAGGAGGAUAUGCAACGCUUGGAUCAGAUUACUGCCCUGAGGGACGGUUUGACGUCCAGCCUCCAUCGUGGCGGCCUAGUCGAAGCUCGCACUCACCUCGAGUCUUUCCUCAUGAUCAUAGCCUUCGCUUUCGAAAGCCGACCAGACGCAGCUCAGGAAUUUUGGGCCGACCCGGAUGGCAAUUUGUAUGGCUUCCUUCAGUGGGCUUCUAAGAGACAAACCGUUCCGAGAGUGAGCGCGUUUUGCGAAUUGCUGUGUUCUAUUUCUAAUGGAGAAGAGAAUGCCGCUGCUGCACAUCGGUUUCUAACCGAGGAGGACAAAUUUUUGUCGUCUAAGUUCAAGCGAUCCACUUCCAUGAAUUGGUCCCAGAUGUUUGCUGAACUCCAAUUGUACGCGACGAGAGUUACUGAGAAGCCUAGCACUUCCCAAGCAGUCCUGCGGGCUCGAAAAUCCGUACCAGCCGACAUGAGCGAGCCAGAAAGCCCGGUCAUGCUGACUUGCUAUCUCCGAUUAAUGGGUCAUUUAUGCAAGCAGAGCGGCUCCAUAAGGGAGUGGAUGCUUCACCACCCAUCUUUCAGUAUUGUCAGCACCUUAUUGACCUUGUGCAGCGGCCCGAUACCCACCCAUCUGAGGGCCACCGUUUUCACAACUCUUGCAGCUCUAAUGACAGACAGAACAUCCGCCCAUGGCAACGAGAUGUGGCUCUCCCUUGACCAAUGGAUUUCCGGGGGCGCGAUGAGUGCCCCUGGCCUCGGUAAAGUACCCAUAGUCUCAAAUCCAUUGGUAUGGCACGAGCAGCAGGCUUUCCAGAAGAUCGGCGAAAGUUUUGAUCAGGCCAAUGCCUUUGUCGUUCUAAUUUACUCACUCGUUUCCCCUACCUUCGACUCAGCCGAGUACCAUCUGUCCUUGCCGUUCCCCGAAACCCUGGGAUCCUCCUAUCGCAUGCCAGGUAUCGAGCCGUACAUCGAUUUUGUCUUAGGUCAGGCUCUCUCGAGGAAGGUUCCAGAUCUAAACGAGCGCCAAACUCGCCUUUUGACCUACAACUGCUUGAACUUUGUCAUCACAUGCCUGAAAUCGUUCAACGAGAAUAUCGUCACUGUCCUCAGCCAACCUGCGAUCAGCUCCGAUUCCAGUCUGAAAACAUCAUCCUUGAUUACCUAUAUCCGCCUUCACCCGUUUGCGCGUGUGGCUGAGUGGCUAUUUAAUGAAGAUGUUAUCAAAGCAAUCUUCGCAACAGCUCAACAAGACGCCACCGAGGUUGCCAACGCCGCGUCUGACUCUAUCAUUGUUCAGUGCCUGGUCAAGAGCCUCGAAGUCAUGGACCUGAUGUUGGACCUGCAAUCGACCUACUUCAAUAUCGUUCGGCCGUCGAUCAAGUCUCAGGCGGGUGGAAGCAGGAUUAACGUUGCCAAUUCGUCGCUUUCAGCCUUCGAGGACAGCGUUCUCAACAACUUAACGAUCAUACCAGCUCUGAGCCUUUAUUGCGGCACGGGUCACGAGCAACUUACCGUUACUUCAAUGGCACUUUUGGAGAAAUUGUCAAGCUCCAGGAAGUUGAACAAGUUGUCAUCACCAGAAAUAUCAAAGUGGCAAUCCUCAAACAAAAUAGUUGAAGUUUUGAGCACAGAGGUGGACGUUGACAGUGUUUCACGACCGCUGGUGUCUCAGAUGCAACCUGAAUUGAGGGAGUUGGAACUCGGUGCACGGUCCCCAGGCUAUAUUAUUAGGGAGAGUCUUUUGGCACUCCUCAAUAGCUGUCUCAGCAUGAUCACAGACCGGCCGACCAUUGCUCAUCUUCUCCUCGGGUUCAGUAGCGUGGGAACCAUACUGGAUAUUUCUCCGAACGGUCUGUUCUCGAACCGAAUUUCCUUGCUACAUGCUAUCAUUGGGUUCUUGCAAAGCUAUCCCGAUGCACAAGAAGGGAACAUUCUGCCAUGGAUGGUACAUCUACGGCGUAUGGCCUUUGAAGUUCUCAAACAUCUAUGGUCCUCAAAAAUCGCGUCCGCUUUUACACUGCUUGAGAUGCGUGCCAGCCGCUUUCUACUAAGCAUGUUUGCCAACCAACCUAUAAUCGGACCAAGCACUCCUUUUGAUGGGUUAUCUGUCAUGGAAGAAGAAUUCUGGAUCUCCGAGUCCACGUCAGCUCUUGCUGAGUUCUUACUUUUCAGAAGUUACUUGUAUGCCUAUGCGGCGACCGAAAUUCGCUCGGCCGCCAAGCUUGGCUCGCAAACCCUUCAAACAGAGGUCCUUUCGACGUUGCUUGGGAACUCAGCCACAGAAACCGGGGAGACAAUACUCAAUCCCACCGUAUUUGACCUCUUUGAUUUUGCUGACCUGGAUCUCAACCACCGAUCUCAACCGCCCAGAUUAGUCUUCCUUGAUGGAAUUGGCUUUGAAGUAUGUGCGAAAUCGCAAGCAGACGAGUCGCUUGUUCUGUACAAUUUAGCGGAGGUUGCAGAGCUCGUGCAAGUCAGAAAGGAAGAGUUGAUGUCGAGUGGGCAAUUGCGGCCUCAGGAUGAAGAGCAAUUCUUGGCUGAAGCUGAAAGCCUAACAUUAUUCAUUCGUGCGACGAAUCAAGCAAGGCAAAUUGCGUUUAACCGUUACCUGGCCCUUCGAUCAUGGACAGAGCUCAUCACAACGAUGCUGGCUUGUUCAGAGAUUGAGGAUGGCCGAAAAUCAACGUUUAUCUUGCAUUCCAUCCAGUUGGUCCUCCCUAAACUUGAAGCAGCCAUUGAGGAGGACCUACCGGAGGCAAUCGAGCUUGCACGACUAGCCGAGACUCUUGUCGGUGGGUUAGAAUCUACAGCCACGAGUUCAGACGGUGCGCGGCGAAGUGGAGAUAUCAUAGACGAAAAGCUGCACCAGCUGUUCCAGAUCUGCAUCAGAGGCAUCUUUCUGGCAACUGGAAAUGUUCACUUGAGAGAGACGUUUUACAACAUUGGGUCGCAGUACAUCAGUCGUAUCGCCUCCGCCGAUGCAGUGAAUCAGAAUCUGAGGCAUCACAGUCAGCAAGUGAUAAAGACAGCGGGCCCGAAUCUGAUCGAGACGACCUGUGACGACGCAUAUGCCGGGCAAGAAACAUGUCGGGUGUCGGCCCUCCUCUUCCUCAAUCUGCUCGCUUCCCUGGAUCGAGAGACAGACUCGACCCUGGCGGAGUUGAUCUCACAAUCGAACUAUCUGAGUCUUUUCUUGGAUGCCAUCAGAGCGCUACCUGUCGAACUGAAGAACGCUCAAGCGAAUGAUACACCAGCAUUGUUGUCAUAUUAUGAGUCGCUGCUAUCUUUACUUCAACGGCUUUGCCAAACCAAGAAUGGAGCUACUCAAGUUCUGAAAACAGGCCUUUUUCAAGCGGUUCGCGAGUCUCGGCUAUUUGCUGCUGAUCCGGAUCUCGGUAUUGAUAUCGGCAACCCUGAUGCUCUUCGGAAAUAUUAUGAUCUUCUUGGCUCGGUGCUCCGAGUCAUUAUCUCAGCUGUCUUCUCUCGGGGUCUUCAUAAUGAGCAAAUCAUGGAGCAAACGCGAGCUUUCCUAGCAGAAAACAGACAGAGCAUGGUCGGUAUCUUCAAGCGAUUUGCCAAGAUCGGGGGAGUGGGUACUGCUGAUCAUCACGACGCGCUGAGUGAUUUGGCCAAAUGCUACAUGACGCUCGUCAGCGCCACCAACUUCCUGGAGAUGCAGCAGAACUCGAGAGGCGCCCCCGAGCAGAGGAGCGGUAAGCGCAAGUCGAUCGGCAAGAGGAAGCUUUCUGAUCAAGAGGAGGCGGCAUUUCGGUCUCAGAACUCGCAACAGCAUCCGCAGCAGCAACAGCAGGCGACGAUCUCUGAGCUCUUAUCCAGGAACCAUACCCACGGCAAGGGUUAUCCCCAGCAGUCUCCUCCAACGAACAAGCGUCCUCGGUUAUCGCCAGCAUCAUACUCCCGAGCCCCAGUUUCGUCACAGGAGCUUCAUCCGCCGGACAGGAUGUACAAUUUUUCGAAUUCGGAACAUAGAGCAGGUGGGGCUUUUGCGCAGAGCUCCCCGGCUUCCGGACUCUCCAGCACGACAGCCAAGCCCCAUUUCUCGAAUGCAUCGUCGCGCCAGAGUAAUUUCACCCCUCAUACUGGCGCAAAGAGGCUUGUGGUCAAGAAUCUCCGGACGGGUUCGCGGUUCAAUCAGGAUUCAUACUUCGAUAAGGUCUGGGCACAGCUGGAUGCAGCGCUGAGCGCCGUAUUCAGCGGCCGGAAGCCCGAGAUUUCACUGGAGGAACUCUACAAGGGGGCAGAGAAUGUGUGUCGCCAGGGAAGAGCCGCGGUGUUGACCCAACGGCUGCAGGACCGAUGCCGAGCGCAUGUGUCCGGGGUCCUGCGGGACGAGUUGCUGGCGAAGGCUGCUGAUGGGAGUAAUGUGGAUACAUUGCGGGCUGUGGUUGACGCAUGGAGCACUUGGCAAUCUAAAUUGGUCACCAUUCGGUGGAUCUUCUACUACCUCGAUCAAUCAUUCCUGCUUCAUUCCAAAGAGUUUCCAGUCAUCCGUGAAAUGGGCUUGAUUCAGUUUCGGAAUCACAUAUUCUCUGACCCUGUAUUGCAACCGAAGAUUCUACAAGGGGCCUGUGACCUAGUUGAUGCGGACCGCAAUGAGGAUCAUGUCAUGAUGGCAGAUUCGUCUUUGCUCCGAAAUGCUAUUGAACUCUUCCAUGGACUUGAUGUCUACACAACAGGUUUUGAGCCUCUCCUUCUUUCCGAGUCGAAGCGAUUCUUUUCAUCGUGGGCUCAGCGGGAGUCCUCCGGAUACCUUGCCACAUUUGUGGAGAACGGCCAUCACUUAAUAGCAAGAGAGGUCAAAAGGUGCGAGUUAUUCUCUUUGAACAGGAGCACCAAGCAGAAGCUGUCUGAACUUCUCGAUCGUGUCUUGGUAGCAGAUCAAGAGUCGGUGUUACUCAAUGAAAAGGAUGUUCUUGGCUUGCUUCGAACUGGCAACAAGUUUGCUCUGGAGAAGCUCUACACUCUUUUAGAGCGAAGGCAACUCGGUACGAAAUUGAAGGCAGCAUUCAAGAAUUAUAUUGUGGAAGAAGGCUCGCAGAUUGUCUUUGACGAGGAGAAGGAGGCGGAAAUGGUCGUUCGUUUGCUGGAGUUCAAGUCACACCUGGACGAUACAUGGGUCAACUCGUUCCACCGCAAUGAGGAGUUGGGUCAUGCACUGCGCGAAGCUUUCGCGGCCUUUAUGAACAAGAGCCGGAAAUCGGAAUCCACCGGCGGGACAGACAAUGUCAAGACCGGCGAGAUGAUUGCCAAGUACGUAGACAGGCUGCUCAAAGGUGGAUGGAAGCUGCCUCCUGGGCGCAAUAUGGUGGACGUGCCGCUCGCCGACGAGGACGCUGAGAUUAACCGACAACUGGAUCAAGUGCUGGAUCUGUUUCGAUUCGUCAACGGCAAAGCAGUGUUUGAGGCAUUCUACAAGAACGACCUGGCUCGUCGGUUAUUGAUGGGCAGAAGCGCCAGCGAUGAUGCGGAGAAGAGCAUGCUGGCAAGGCUCAAGACCGAAUGUGGUUCCACGUUUACACAUAAUCUCGAGUCCAUGUUCAAGGAUAUGGAUGUAGCGCGAGACGAGAUGGCUGCGUAUGCCUCGAUUCAGCGUGAGCGGAGGAGACGACUGCCGAUCGAUCUUAAUGUCAGCGUGCUCUCCGCAUCGGCAUGGCCAUCGUACCCCGAUGUGCAGGUGCGGAUUCCACCGGUCGUUGCAGAAGCGAUCGAUGACUUUGAGACAUUUUACUACAACAAAUACAACGGGCGCAAACUGAACUGGAAGCACCAGCUGGCGCACUGCCAGCUGCGGGCCAAUUUUUCGCGCGGACAGAAGGAGCUGGUGGUCAGCUCGUUUCAAGCGAUCGUGCUCCUGCUCUUCAACGAUGUGCCUGAUGGCGAAAGUCUGAGCUAUCCUCAGAUUCAGGAAAAGACGAAACUUUCCGACCAGGAGCUGCAACGCACACUCCAGUCACUUGCCUGUGCCAAGUAUCGGGUCCUCACUAAGAAGCCGAAGGGACGAGACGUCAAUCCUACCGAUGAAUUCUCGUUCAAUCCGGGCUUUACGGACGCGAAGUUCCGGAUCAAGAUCAAUCAGAUUCAACUGAAGGAGACGAAGGAGGAGAACAAGAAGACGCACGAGCGAGUGGCGGCCGACCGACAUCUUGAGACGCAGGCGGCCAUUGUGCGGAUCAUGAAGAGUCGCAAGCAGAUUUCGCACGCUGAACUGGUCGCGGAGGUGAUCCGGGCGACGCGGAGCCGAGGUGUGUUGGACGUGGCGGAGAUCAAGAACAAUAUUGAAAAACUGAUUGAGAAGGAUUACAUGGAGCGAGACACGGAGACCCAUCUGUACAAAUAUGUCGCAUAA